CCGUCAGGUAGCGCUGGCUGCUCGGCUCUUCAUGAUGGCGGACUCUGCCCCACUGCCCGCUCUUCAGAGGAAUGCGGCCGCUGACCGGAGGAGGAUGCGGAGGAUCAUCACGGAGGACUACAGCUGGUCCCUGGCCACCGUCCCCCCGCUCAGCGCCCUCUGCCUGCGGCACAUCGUCCUCAGCUUCCAGGACCACCCGAUCCUGGAGAAGCUGCUUCCCCAGCACAGGGCCAAGGUCCUGGACAGCCUGUCCACCGCGCUGCCCCUGCCCGUGACCGCCAACCUGAUCAGCCAUGAGGAUUACUGGAGGCGCUGCUGCACCGAGCGCUGGCCGACCUGCGACAUCUCCCACUACGGCCUGAGCUGGAAGAGACUGUUCUUUGAGAGACACCUGCAGAACCUGGUGGAACUCUUCAUCCCGGACCUGACGGACACCGGACCCAUCUGUGACGCGGCAGAGCUCAGCAAGAACUACAUCCGGCGCCUGGAGAUCCAGCAGCUGCUGCCGCCGGUGAGGGUGGAGGUGAGGAGGGAGGACGAGGCUGAUGACCUCUCUGACUCAGGCAGCGAUGCCGCUGGGGACCUGCCGUCCAUGGACCACUUCGACCUGAGCCUUAUUGCCGAUUCCCUGCGUGACCUGGAGGAGCUGCGCCUGGUCUACGGGGUCAGAGGUUGCGGCAUGAACUUUGAGUGGAACCUUUUCAGGUUCACCGAUCGGGAUUGUGCAUCGCUCGCCAACACCCUCCGGACAUUCGAGAAGCUGAAGGUCUUCAGGCUCCACCGGAGUAAGGUUGAUGACGACAAGGUCCGUGUUCUGAUCAGAAGUCUUCUCGACCACCCGUCCCUGGUUCACCUCGAUCUCUCCCACAACCAGAUCUCCGACCGAGGUGCCCGCGCCGUUGGGAAGCUGCUCAACCGAGGCCAACUCCAGAUCCUCGACCUGUGCAACAACAACAUCCGGGCACAGGGGGCACAAGCCAUCGCUCAUGCCCUCGCCACAAACGGCACCCUCCAGAUCCUGAAUCUACGCCUGAACCACAUAGGGGACGAGGGUGGUCGGGCUGUGUGCAACGCUCUGCUGCAGAACACCAGCCUGCAGCGGUUACACAUAGGGAGCAAUGAGCUGUCUGAACCCACAGCCACCGCCCUCGCACAGGUCCUCUCUCAGAACGCAACCCUAAGGAGCGCCAACAUCUCCAGCAACCGCAUCGGCCAGGAUGGCGGGAAGCAGCUUCUGGAAGGGAUGUCUGAGAACAGGACGAUGUUGGAGUUUGAUCUUCGUCUGACCGAUGUGGGGCAGGAGAACGAGUUCUACAUGAAUCAGGUUCUGCGUGCUAAUCAGGAGCGGGCCCGGGCCCAGCAGAAGCAGCUGUCCACGUCAGGGCUGGAUCGGUAAGCUGGAGAUCCUGGAUCCCGAUCAUCACCCUCCCCAUCCGUGUCUGUUCAAUAAAUGCUGUUGUCAUACAUUGUUUACCUGACCAUGUGGUCCGCACCCGGGACUGGGAGCACUGGGGGAGACACGGGCACAUGGGUGUCAGCCUCCAGCCCAUGUUUACUUCAUGGGUGUCAUGGCCAACGCAUCACAGGACAUAAGAAAACAAGGGAUGUCUAUAUUGUCCACUUUCCAGGUCUGAGGGUCUCGCGCUAGGAGGGGGUCGUCUGUGCAAGGUUUCCUGAUGGCCACGGGCCCGUUAAGCUUGGCGCUGUGACAGGUGCAGAGUCCGCACACUAUUAUGAAGACACCAGAACCCGACAUGAAAGUGUCCGUCAUCCGUCUGUGACUUUAUUACACAGAUGUCAUGUACAAUCUUCAAUAUUGCAGCCAAAAGGCAACAUUGUGGUAAAAGCUAUAUACAGAGAUACCUCAUAAUAACAAAAGACAUAAAAAACCUCCACAAAACAGGUUGUAAAAGUAGAUGUGCAGAUACCGCGGCCGCUGGGGCGCCCAGGGGGUGGGGGUGAUUGAUGAUGAGAUUAUUGCCACAAAGGCCAGGGAUGCCACCGUACUGCCACCUCCACGUGGAAACACUUCUGGUCUGACUGUAACAUCAAGUGUCAUCACUACACAGAAUGUCUGACGCUGCUUCAUCCUCAUUAAGUAUUUCUGAUGGCGGCCUGGAACGCACAGCUAAAGCCUGUGUACCGGCCGUGACUGUACCCAGCCGAGCAAGAAAAGCAUGGUGUGUGUGCUACAGAGUGUAUGUUAGGGGGUUGUCUACCUCCUGCCCAACAGCUGUGUACCUCCUGUAUACCUACCGCCAAUGACUACCGCCUCUACACCUCCUGUAUACCUACCGCCAAUGACUACCGCCUCUACACCUCCUGUAUACCUACCGCCUCUACACCUCCUGUAUACCUACCGCCAACGACUACCGCCUCUACACCUCCUGUAUACCUACCGUCAAUGACUACCGCCUCUACACCUCCUGUAUACCUACCGCCAAUGAUUACCGCCUCUACACCUCCUGUAUACCUACCGCCAAUGACUACCGCCUCUACACCUCCUGUAUACCUACCGCCAAUGACUACCGCCUCUACACCUCCUGUAUACCUACCGCCAAUGACUACCGCCUCUACACCUCCUGUAUACCUACCGCCAAUGACUACCGCCUCUACACCUCCUGUAUACCUACCGCCAAUGAUUACCGCCUCUACACCUCCUGUAUACCUACCGCCUCUACACCUCCUGUAUACCUACCGCCAAUGACUACCGCCUCAAGACAAUGUGUACAGGCUGCCUGAAGUAAAUCCUGCCUCUCUCUGUCCGCCUGUAUUAUCUCUUGCCUCUCUGUGUCAGCCUGUAGUAUCUCCUGCCUCUCUGCCCGCCUGUAGUAUCUCCUGCGUCUCUGUGUCCGCCUGUAUCUCCGCCUGUAGUAUCGCUUUACUCUCUAUGUCUGCCUGUAGUAUCUCUUUCCUCUGUAUGUCUGCCUGUAGUAUCUCCUGCCUCUGUAUGUCCGCCUGUAGUAUCUCCUGCCUCUCUUUGUCCGCCUGUAGUAUCUCUUUCCUCUGUAUGUCCGCCUUAUAUAUCUCCUGCCUCUCUGUGUCCGCCUGUAGUAUCUCCUGCCUCUCUGUCCGCCUGUAGUAUCUCCUGCCUCUGUAUGUCCGCCUGUAGUAUCUCCUUCCUCUCUCUGUCUGCCUGUAGUAUCUCUUUCCUCUGUAUGUCCGCCUUAUAUAUCUCCUGCCUCUCUAUGUCCGCCUGUAGUAUCUCUUUCCUUUCUGUGUCCGCCUGUAGUAUCUCCUGCCUCUGUAUGUCCGCCUGUAGUAUCUCCUGCCUCUCUAUGUCCGCCUGUAGUAUCUCUUUCCUUUCUGUGUCCGCCUGUAGUAUCUCCUGCCUCUGUAUGUCUGCCUGUAGUAUCUCCUUCCUCUCUCUGUCUGCCUGUAGUAUCUCUUUCCUCUGUAUGUCCGCCUUAUAUAUCUCCUGCCUCUCUGUCCGCCUGUAGUAUCUCUUUCCUCUCUGUGUCCGCCUGUAGUAUCUCUUUCCUCUCUGUGUCCGCCUGUAGUAUCUCCUUCCUCUCUCUGUCUGCCUGUAGUAUCUCUUUCCUCUGUAUGUCUGCCUUAUAUAUCUCCUGCCUCUCUAUGUCCGCCUGUAGUAUCUCCUUCCUCUCUCUGUCCGCCUGUAGUAUCUCCUGCCUCUCUAUGUCUGCCUGUAGUAUCUCCUGCCUCUGUAUGUCCGCCUGUAGUAUCUCUUUCCUCUCUGUGUCUGCCUGUAGAGGCUCAUGCGUUUCAGUCCUCCUGUUGUAUUUCCUAGCACCCCUGAAAUGUCCUGCUCUGGAUCUUGUGCUUGAAUCCUGUAUAGAACAGGCCCUCAUUUCCCGUCCUGACCCUGCUGCAGUAAUGAUAUGUAUAACAGUCUGCAGUCUGGCUGUAUAUUUUGAGAUACAACCUUUCGUAGACAUUUUCUGAAGGCUGAUUAUACUCUCCCAUCUGCUCAUAUGCUAAUGAGUCACAAGGGGCUAACAUUAAGAAGAAACAAUAGUGGAGCUCCUCACUAUAAGCCGGUGAAUGUGGCCCUGGGUGGGACUAUGGGCCUGGACUUUCACUGGAAUUACAAUUAUUCUUAAUAAAUGAGGUAUUAUCCUUCGCGCAGGAAGGACCUAAAAAGAUUGUACUCCGAGUGUAUGACCCCUUCAAACCAUCAUGUGUCUAUGUACAAAGCCCCAACAUCCAGAAAUAAUGUCCUCAUAAACAGCUGAAUGAAAAUGUCCCUCUGACGUACAGGGGCCCCAUCUGUGUGCAGGACCUGUCCUGAGAAGUGUCACCAUAGCCCGAAAUAGCUUCUAUUGGACCAAGUUUCUGGAUCUGAGAGGGGGUCACCAAAUAUAACUAUAAGGACUGUCUGUAACCAAAUGUAAUGAUAAGGACUGUCUGUAACCAAAUGUAAUGAUAAGGACAGUCUGUAACUGAAUGUAACGAUAAGGACUUUCUGUAACCGAAUGUAAUGAUAAGGACUGUCUGUAACUGAAUGUAAUGAUAAGGACUGUCUGUAACCAAAUGUAAUGAUAAGGACUGUCUGUAACCAAAUGUAAUGAUAAGGACAGUCUGUAACUGAAUGUAAUGAUAAGGACUGUCUGUAACUGAAUGUAACGAUAAGGACUUUCUGUAACCGAAUGUACCAAUGUGGGCUGUCUGUAACCAAAUGUAAUGAUAAGGACUGUCUGUAACCAAAUGUAAUGAUCAGGACUGUCUGUAACCGAAUGUAACGAUAAGGACUGUCUGAAACCGUAUGUAACGAUAAGGACUGUCUGUAACAAUGAGGACUGUCUGUAACCGAAUGUAACGGUAAGGACUGUCUGUAACCGAAUGUAACGAUAAGGACUGUC